AUGGACCAUUACACCCCAAACAAACAAUCCACUAAUCCGGAAAAAAACAGCAACUGGUUUUCGAAUUUAUUCUUUUUAUAUACUAAGGAUAUUUUUAUCAAGGGUUAUAAAACUGAUUUAACUCAAAAUGAUAUAUACGAAGUGCUUCCAGAGCAUAAGUCAGAAACAUUAGGAGACAAAUUAGAAAAUGAGUGGAAGACACAAAUAGAUGAAAACAAGACAUCUAUACCUAGACUUCUCUGGAAGUGUUUUGGCAGACAAUAUCUUUUAAUAUUAAUCAGCUUGGUCAUCCCAGUGACACUGACGUUGACGCAACCAAAGAUACUAAAAAAAUUCAUUUCAUAUUUUACACCAGGACACAAUAACCUAAGUAAAACUGAUGCGAGCUUGUAUGGUGUAUUGUUGAUUGUAGUUAUGGUUACCAGACGUGUGUACCAAUUGAAUUUUCAUUUAAGGCUUACAGAAUUUGCCAUUAAAUUGCGUACAGGAUUCACAUCUUUAAUCUACAGGCAAGUUUUAAAAAUUAACCCGACACUGGUUGAAAACGGCAAGAUGAUAAAUCUGAUAACGAGGGACAUCCAAUCAAAUGCCGGGACAUUAUUUGUUAUAAUGAACAGUCUAACUUUUGUUUCUCAAGGUAUAAAAAUUAAUUUUCCAGUAGCGAUACAUGCAAUGGCCACGAUGAUUGCCGUAUUUAAACGAAUUGGACAUACACUCAGAAUUAAGAGUGAAGAAUCGUACGUGGCAGACAGUAACCUUUCACCAACAAUUAACUUGAAUUUAAAAAUUCACACUGCACAUAACGAUACAAUAAUAACUUUGGAAAUGUGCAAUAUUGUAAGAGGAAUAACAGCAGUAACAGGACAUAUUGGAAGUGGUAAAAGUCUUCUAUUAAAAGUCCUCACAAAAGAAUACAAACAUAUAGAAGGCGAUUUAGAAGUCGUCGACAGCAUUUCUUACGCAUCACAAGAACCCUGGCUUUUUCCAUCGACCAUCAAACACAACAUCUUAUUUGGAAGUAGUUACGACGAAAAUCGUUACUUAGAAGUUUUACGAGUUUGUGCUCUACUUGAAGAAUUACGACUUUUAACCGAUGGUGAUUCUUCUAUUGUAACUGACGGAGGAGCUAAUCUAAAUGAUUGUCUGGCUAGUUUGGAUGCGAUUGUUGCAGAUUUUGUAUUUGAGCAAUGUAUUAAAAGAUUUCUGAAAGACAAAAUAGUGAUCUUGGCUACUUCAUCCAUAAAAUACGUCAAUAGGUCAGAUAAGGUCAUAACACUGGAAAAUGGUACAUUGGAAAAUUCGCACCCUAUCAACAGUGAAAUCCCAAAAAAUGCGGACACAAAAAGUAUAAAAUAUAUUGCAAGAGAUAAAGCAAAGAGCGAAACAGAUGAGUCAUCUGAAAACAUUAACCAUGACACCCCACUGAUUAAAAAGACCAAAGAGACCAGAGAACUCUACACAGAAACAAAAGUACAAGGAAAAGUACACUUCAAUGUUUAUAAAAAAUAUAUUGAAGUAAAUGGAGGGUUGGUCAAAAUUGUUUUAAUCUUACUUAUCACUGGAGUGAUUCAGUUUUUGAAAAGUUCCAUCAACAAAAUGGAAUCCGAUUGUUUGAUUAUGUUAGCACGAAGUCCUGUAAUUGGGUAUAUCAAUGCAACUUUAGACGGACUGACAACCAUUAGGACCUCAAGAAUGGAAAAUACACUUCGAAAAGAAUUUGACCGACAUCAAGAUUUGUAUGCUUCCUCUUCUUACAUGUACACAUGUUGUGAGAAAGCAUAUCUUCUUCUGAUAGGAGCCGACCAAAUUAUUCUCCUUAUUUUCGCAAUUAUCCUUUUUUUAGGACUAGAUGAGAAAAUGACAACAGGGAAAGUUGGACUUGUUUUGUCACAAAUCUUUAGUCUGACAACUGCACAGCUUGUCUUUUAUUGUAUGAUGACUAGACUUGAGAAUCGAAUGAUCACAGUAGAAAGAGUUUUGGAAUACACUAAACAAAAGCAGGAAAACAAAGGUGGUUUAGUAAUAGAACAUUGGCCAAAGGGAUGUGAAAUACGAUUUAAAGACGUGUCCCUUUCUUACAAGAGCGACCAAGACCAUGUUUUAAAACAUUUAAACUUCGCCAUCAAAAAUAAAGAAAAGGUUGCCAUCGUUGGUAGAACUGGUUCCGGAAAAACAUCAUUGAUUUCUACACUCGUCCGACUUUACGAUUUCGAAGGAAACAUUUUUAUCGACAACGUAGACAUCAAAACACUUCCAGUGGAUUUCCUCAGGACAAAAAUAUCUGUAGUUCCACAAGAACCUACUAUAUUUUCGGGAACGUUACGUGAAAAUAUUGAUCCUACACGACAACAUUCAGACGAUGAUAUUUGGAAAGCUAUUUCAACCGUGAAUUUGUCACUCUUUCAAAAUUUGGAUGAGAAAAUUGACAUGAAUUUAAGCAUUUGUCAAAAACAACUCAUUUGUGUGUGUCGAGCUCUCGUUCAGCGUAACAAAAUCGUAAUUUUUGACGAAUGUAAUGCUACUGUCGAUAAUGAUACUGAAGCUUUGAUACAAAAAGUAAUAUCAGAAAUUUUUGCUGAAUAUACCGUUAUCGCAAUUAUGCACAAGUUGCGUUACAUUUUAGAUUUUGACCUAGUAUUAGUUGUAGAUAAGGGUGUGAUUAUUGAGUCUGGUGAUCCCGCUAGCUUGCUGAAGAAAAAAAAUGGGAUGCUUAGCAACUUGUUUGAGAGACAAUGA